UCCCGCCAUGGCCGGCAGCGCAGCAGCAGGCCCGGAGCGCGCGCCCGCCAGCGCCACGGGCGCGCGGCGGUCGUCAGCGGAUGUCAUGGACCUGGAUGAAGUUCUACCACAAGUGGGCGAGUUUGGACUUUAUCAGAAACUUCUCCUAUGGCUGGUGUGCCUGCCAGCAUGUAUUCCCUGUGGCUUCUCUGCUUUCAACCAGCUGUUCAUGGCACAUGUUCCUGAUCACUGGUGUCGUCCACCUGUUGCACUUCAAGAACUUUCAUCACAUACUGCCCGUGCACUAAGCUCACCACUUGAGGGCAAUUCAAACAACACAUUUGAAAAAUGUAUUCGCUUUGCUGUUAAUUGGACAGAGCUGCUUACGCAGUAUUCUCCAGAUGAAAUCAUGCCAAAUUUGAGCUGGCCAGUGGAAGAGUGUAAAGAUGGCUGGGAGUAUAAUACAACAGAGAUCUCCUCCUCUGUCGUAAUUGAUUUUAAUCUGGUGUGUCAUCAUGCAAUAUAUCCCACUAUUGCUUUAUCUGCAUUGAAUAUGGGUGCACCAAUAGGUGUGUACAUGUUUGGCAUGAUUAAUGACAGAGUGGGCAGACGGAUAUCGUUCUUCUGUUGUUUGACAACAAUGCUGAUUGGAGGCUUCAUGACAGCAGCAGCUAAAGACUUUUGGACAUGGAUGACAAGCAGAAUCAUAGUGGGACUAGCAGUGCCAGCCAUUUACCAGAUACCAUUCAUAAUAUCACUCGAGCUGGUUGGACCAAAUUACCGAUCAUUUGUAACUGUGAUGACAUGUAUGUUCUACACACUUGGACUUGUAAUGCUUGCUGGAGUGACAUAUUUAGUGAGGGAUUGGGUUCAUUUGGCCCUUGCUACAACUGUGCCAUUCCUCUUAUAUUAUGUGUACUGGUUUUUUCUUCCAGAAAGCCCUAGAUGGCUUCUUGCAAAAGGACAAUUUGAGGAAGGAUCAAAAAUUCUUCAUACACUGGCAAGAAUCAAUAAAAAAGAACUACCCUCUACAUUUACAGAGAAACUAAAGCAACGCAUGACUUUAAAACGUUCACUUAGUGAAGAGAAACGUUUACAUGAGACUCCAGGUGUUAUGGCUCUGUGCAGGACGCCAAACAUGCAACUCAAGACUGCAUUAAUUACACUGAAUUGGUUUUCAAAUGAGCUAGUGUAUGUGGGACUGAGUUAUUAUGGUCCAUCUCUUGGAAGUAAUGAGUACACAAGCUUCCUCUUGUCAUCGCUGGUUGAGAUACCCAGCUAUUUGGCGUGCUGGGUUGUUAUGGAUCACUGGGGCCGCAGGUGGCCAUUGUGCAUCAGCAUGAUUGUUAGUGGAGUGAGUUGCAUUGUUACAGUGCUCCUGCCCACAGAUGCUGUAAAUACUACUUUGGCACUCUACUUAAUUUCAAAAUUUGCCAUUUCUGCCUCAUUUUUAAUAAUAUAUCCGUUUGCUGGUGAGCUUUAUCCAACACAGCUAAGAGGCAUAGGGAUUGGUACAUCAGCAUACAUUGGUGGACUUGGGCUAAUCAUUAUCCCUUUCAUCACUUAUCUGGGUUCAGAAAACUUAGUACUACCACUUGUAAUUAUGGGAGCUAUAUCAGUAAUUGGAGGACUGUCUGGACUGCGACUUCCAGAGACAUUACAUCACCGACUGCCACAGACUGUUGAAGAAGGUGAAGAAUUUGGGAAAGACUGGUCUUUCAAGGAUUGUAUUCGUUGCAUACCUGAGAGGCCAUCAUCUAUAGCAACAUCAUAUGAAGAUCUUGAACCACAUGAAACUGUGGAACUACCCGUUAUGCCACAAGAAUUAGUGCAGCCUCCAAGUGAAGCAACACCACUGGAGCGAAGAGAAACUAGACGCUUCUCUAAUAGGACUCCAAGACUAGUUCGUCAGUCAAGUGUUAUGGAAACUCCAGUGGAUUCAUCAGGUGUUAUGCAAAUGACUUACUGGUUCUAGAAUGUUAUGACACGUGAACCCACCCUUAUGUGUGUUCAGAUUGACAGUUCCGUUUUGCAUAACAUUGUAAAAAAGUUGGGAAAUUUGUUGUAUAGGUUGACAUUUCUUCUCUGAAAAAGAAACUGCUGCCCUGGAUUUUUAUAUAUGAAAAUAAUUUUUUUAUAUUUCUUUGACAUGUAUUUCUCCCACAAACAUUGCUAUUUGGUAAAUAAUGCUGACACAAAAUAACUCAGCAAAUAUUCAAAAUGUUUCUGUCUUUUUAUGUAUUCUGGAAAGAAAAAUGAUUAUAUAUUGCUGCUAAAUUAGUUCAUUUGCGUGAGAAUUGUUGCUAUGUGAAAAACAAUUCAUAAAUUCAGGUUUUUAUUUAGAAUUGUGAAUACUGUACUAAUAAUACAAAGAACAUGGAAAUAUUAUAUAAGGGCAGGCAUAAUGCCAAUGGAGGGGUGUAGCAACUGUUGGAAAAUUGCAGCAACUUUUGGAAAAUUAUAGCUAAUUAUUUACUUCAAUCACAGUUGCUGUUUAAUGAAGGUCAUUACAUUACUGAUGGCUGAAGUAUGUUAUCAACUACAAUAUGGAAAAACAUGGCUGACUGUAAAUGACAAGCUUUCUAGCAGCAUCACAAAAUUCCAUCUAGUUAUGAAGAAAAUCACAAUCCAUUUACUAGGUUAGUAGGUGGGAAGAGGCUUGCUGGGUUUUCAUAGAUAGCAUAAUUUUCCAAUAGAAUAAGGACAAUCUUUUUCAUUAUUAUAUUUUAGAUGCAAUUGGCAAUCAUUUUGUAUACAAAAAACUUACAGUAAGCAGUGUAUAUUUUAAAAGAAUACUUGUUCAAAUGAAAUAGGUAAAUGUUUGAAUGUAUGCAUGUGGAAGUAUACAAUUUGUGUUACGGGCUACAGUAAGAAUGUUCUGGAUUAUAAACAAGUGAAUGAAAUAGUGAUGGGUAACUUCAAUCAAACAUAUUAUAUGUUUUUGCUUCUUGCAGCUUUAUACAUUGACGUCAGACGUGAAAAAAUAAAAAUGAGUGUAUAUUCCAUAAGCAUACUUCUUCUCUUUUGCAAUUAUCAGGACAGACAUGUGUAACUUUAAAAAAAUGUAACAUAUGUAUUGAAAUAAUACAGAAAGAACAGCGGUCCCAGCAACAUGAAGAUUUCUAGAGGUAAAAUGCUGCUUAAAACAUGGAAAAAGCAAUGAAGUUUAAAGGUAUCAUUCUGGUAAUAACAUUGCACUUCCUUUCAUAUCUGUGGCAAAUAUUUUUGUGUGUGUCAUACUGUGAGCAGCUGUUGGAACACAAUCCACAUUAUUACGUAAUUAAUGAUCUAUGUUGAUUGAAAAGUAUUAAUUUAUGAUUUUAUGUGGACAUUUUUAAAGAUGUAGUCUUCUACGCUCGGAAGGAUAUAUCCAUGUUAAGUGUUGAUACUGACAUUGUUAAUGUUUAUGCACCAACAUGGGUUGCCUUUUUUGAUUUUCAGACAAGUAACACACAAUAGGCAUUACACAUUUUUGUUUUACGUGUAUUUUUAUUAUUAGAUUACACAUAAUGAUAUUUUAAACCUGGCAACUAUAUAGCAUAAUGGUCAAAAUUUUUCAUUAACAGUGAUUAGUAAUAGAACAAAAUAACAGAACACUUCCUUCACAUCUCAUUACUCAAUUUAAAUGCUGAAUUUAUCAAAUUUUACAUCUUAUGUAUAAUGCAGUGUGCUCACUUCAUGAACUCUCAACCACAGAUGAUACAACUUGCUGGCCUGUUAUAUGUGUGCACCCAAAGAUACACACACCACAAAGUCAUUGCAUUGAUACCAUUAGAUUUUAAAUAUGAAUUUGUAGUACUCCCUUUCUACUUCAAGGAAUGCUUAAAAUUGUUUCCUCCCUGCUGUAAGAUAUGUGUCACAGCCAUUGUUCAGUGUAAUGACCCUUUCUUCAACUUAUUAUAAGCAAUUAAAUUAAUUCUGUGUCUUAGUACAGCCUUCAGUAGAAUGAGGAUUAGUUUGGUAUAGUUUUGUAAAUCUUACCAUUUAGAUUUACCCAAAUGCAUAAGUCACAAUAACUAAGAUCAAAGGACUUGAGGGCCAUAAAUAUCAUAUACCUAUCUAAUCAUAAAAAGAAAUCUAUUAGCGAUCAGGAAAGAUACAGUAGUAUAAACUGUAAUAUUGUCUUCAUGAAAAUACUUUUUCUCAUCUGUUUGUUAAAUAAUGGAAUGAAUAUUGUUGUCACAUGAAAGUCAGAAGUUACAUGUCUAUUAAUAAAGAUAUGGGCAGCUAUUUGGCAUGUUCUUAUUGCAGUCAACCAUCUCAUUUUAAGACUUUGUU